AAAACGGAAGUGUCACGAGUUACUCCACACAUCCAUUCUCGAUUUCUGACUGUAGAGGAAGUCACAAGCACAUCAGGGCAGUGUGUUGGGUUUUCUGAUUGGUAACAGAUGUCCAAACCUAAAGUUGUGAGUUUAGUCACUGUUUACGCACUUGGAAACAUGAUUGAAUUUGGGACUGUAACAACAUUAUUUUCUGAAUCGACGCGGUCAGUGGGUAUCAGGGAUUUCAUUAGGGCUGUGUACGGAAAUCCCAAUGCUAUAAAGACCCUUCAGGCAUUUUACAAGAAGAUAUCCAUUGGUCUAUAGUUAUGAUGAAGACCUCAACAUCAAUGGCAGCUAUAUCUGAACAAUCAUCAGAGACCCAGAUCAGUUUUUCUCGUCUCAUAAUGUAACUCAGACUCUAAUAAGUUUUAAAGGCUUUAAACUAAACAUAGCCAGGAAUCUCACAUUAACCAGGAAUCUAACCAGGAGACAAAGUUCUGAGUCAUCAUAAUGUUUGUAAACAUGCGUAGAAUCAGAAAAUACCAAGUUCUACAGAUAAUGAUAAUGUGCUUUGCUACCUUGAUGAUCAUGGUUCACUGGGAACAGCUUGACAAUAAAAUUGUGUCCCAUGUAAAGUCUAUCACAUACCGCUACCUUCUCAAUAACUUCAAGUUCAUUAAUGCAAGCUUUAGAAUCAGCCCUGAAGAGGCUACAAAGUAUAGCAAUCAUAAAUACAUAAUAAACCAAGAAAAGAAAUGUGGCACAAGAGACAUUCUGCUCUUGCUAUUUGUUAAAAGUUCCUCUGAGAACUUUGAGAGAAGGCAGGCAAUUCGUUCUACUUGGGGAAAUGAGGUGUACAUUGAAAGGACAGUGGGUGUUACGGUAAAGGUGUUGUUUGCUCUUGGCCUUCAUCCUGAACCACAGCAGAGGACAAAACUUCAGCAGCAAUUGUUCUUUGAGGACCAAACAUAUCAUGACCUUAUCCAGCAGGACUUCAUAGACUCUUUCCACAAUCUGACUAUCAAGCUUCUUCUGCAGCUUGGCUGGAAAGAUACCUACUGCCGUCAUGCCCAUUUCCUCAUGUCUGCGGAUGAUGAUGUCUUUGUCCAUAUUUUCAACUUAAUUCACUAUUUGCAAGGGAUUUCCCACAGUAACGUCGAAGACCUUUGGGUAGGAAGGGUGCACCGUGGAUCCCCACCGGCACGAGACAAAGAGAGUAAGUACUAUGUGUCCCGAGACAUGUACCCAUGGUGUUCUUACCCAGAUUACACCCCUGGGUCUGGCUAUGUCCUCUCCAAAGAUGUGGCUACCAAAAUCUAUCAGGCUUCACUCACCUUAAAUGCUUCCCUUUACAUUGAUGAUGUCUUUCUUGGUAUCUGUGCCAAAGUGUUGGGCAUCUCUCCCAAGGACCAUCUGUUUUUCUCGGGGGAGGGAAAAGCCGCUCAUCACCGUUGUAUCUACAACCAGAUGAUGACUUCACAUGGACAUGUAAGGGACAUCUAUGAAUUGUGGAAGCUUGCAACAGAAUAUGAUGUUGGUCAAAUGUCCUCAGGACUAUUUUGGAGGCUCUACUGUACCAUGGUGAAAGUGAGGCUCCUAUGUAUACCAUUUUCUUCAGCCUCAUACCCAUGCAUGGCAGCUUUUUUGACAUGACAAUUUAUUGAAACUUAAAUGUUUUCUAUUUUACCCUUAAUGUGUUGUACUGUAUAUGUAUCCAAAAAGUCCUAUUUUACUUCAAAAUUAAAAGAAACAAAUAAGAAAUUAUAUUUUGUUAAUAGAAAUGAAGGCCUAUUUAAUGAAGGCCAUUAAUUUAUUUUUACAUUGUGACAUUAUUUUCAUGACAGUUGAGAGCAUUUUACCCUCCAAUUCUCAUUACCGCGUGAAAAAAGAUGGUCAUUACAAUAUUCUCAUCACUGCAACAUGAUAAAAAUUGUAACGUAUAUAUACAUCAUAGUACGCUUUUGGUACUGCUUUACAUUUUUGCUGAUUUUAAUUAUAAUAAAAACAUUGUACAACAGCAUAUUUUUUAACUGUUAUUUUGACAUAGAACUGGCUAAUCCAACGGGAAACUGGCUCCCCCAGCUGAACCCGAUUUCUUCCAAGAUAUAUAUUUUUAUUUUUCUCCAUUAACAUAUUGAGUUUUCACUUCCUUGCCACAGUUGUCUAUGGUCGCUCACUGGGGGCCUAAAGACAAAUAAUUUUUAAUCAUGUUUUUUAUUUCAUCAAUUCUCAGUGAGGACUUCAAGACAUUACAGCAUCAUUUUCUGUAAAGCUGCUUUGAAACUACUUGUUGCAAAAAGCGCUAAACAAAUAAAAGUUUACUUGACUAUUACAGUAAAAAAAGUGCAAUGUUAUGUAAUGAGAAUAAUCAUUGCAAAAAAAAUAGGAACAAUAAAAGUACAGUAAAGAGAACUGGGGGCUACGUGUGCUUAAGUGUCCUGAAAAUAAUGCAAUAUAUAUAUAUAUAUAUAUAUUCUCAAUAUUUCUUUUACAGUUUCUGUGUUAUCACCCCUUUGAUAAGUUUUGAAUGGUAAUACUACAGUAAAUGUUCACUCAUUAAUCUAAAUGAAAUAACUUUCUUGGUUGGCAAAAUCUAAUGACAUAUUUAAGGCUUCAUUUUCCUUGGGUCCUUUUGUUCAAAUAUACACUUUCUGACUUACAAAAUUCAUAUGUAUAUGCAAUUAGCAGGAAAUCAUAUUUUAAUGCCUUAUAAUGACAUUUAAAAACAUAAGAGAUCAUGUGGUGCUUCCAGUAAGAAUUUUUGCCAGAAUAAAUAUACUCUAGAUAUCAGACAUUUUUUUAUUUUUACAAAGCUGUAGAGUGAUUUUGCGAAUCAAGACCAGCAACUACACAUAAUUUCUGCCUUUGAAAUUAGCCUGUCAAAAACAACACCCGAGCAUGCCAAACUUUCUUCUCCCUCGAGGAUGAUGCAGGUCAAGACAAUGUGUCAAGCUAUCAAGAGACAUUCACUGUCAGUUCUAUGGUUUGAUUGCAAUGUGCUGCAAAAUUUUAACUUUACAAACUGUAUUGCUGCGUGCCUAUUAAAAUUGUUUGCUUUGUUGAAUGUCUUUGUAUUUGCUUCCUUUACAGUAGAGUAAUAUGAAUUAUAGAUUAGCUUACUAAUGUUGUCUUGUUGACAUUAACUAGUGGGGCGUAUAUGCCCCAGGUUGUGCACGGUUAAAGGGAGGGUUGUUUGUAUAAUUCAUUACAUAACUGAAUACAAUGAUAUGAAUUAAUGUUUAGCUAUGAAAAUUUCUAGUAGGCCUAUUAAAUA